UCCAUAAAAAAAAAAAAAAUUCAGGAAAGUCAUCUGUGAAGUAUAAAAGGUGAAGCUAGAAUCAAGAAUCAAGAGAGAAGAAACUAGGAAGUUUUGGAGAUAGAAAUGAAGAGAAAAAGGGAAACAGAAACAAGGUCAGAGUUAAGGUCUGCCAUUGAAGAGCUGUCCAUAUUAGCCAAAGUUCAGCCUAGCGAUAAUCAUACUGCUAUUCAUAUACCAACCAAGCCUUUUCUUCAUGUCUGCACCUUGAUUCUUCAAGUUCUUGAUAAGAUAGGUCCAACUAUGGCUGUCCUUAGACAAGACAUUCAUCAAAAUAUGCAGAGAUUGGAGAUUCUUUGGGAAUCCGAUCCCGCAAAGUAUUCGAAUUUGAUUGAGAUGUUGAAAAAAGAAGACAGUGAAGGCAAUAGAAGAAAGGGUACCAGCUGCAGUAGAGCUUUUCUCUGGCUUAUCCGGUCAAUGGAUUUUAUGGUAGCUUUGUUACAACGAUUGGUUAAGGAUCCUGAGCAGAACAUAGAACAAGCAGUUGAAGAGUCCUAUAAUAUUACUUUGAAGCCAUGGCAUGGUUGGAUAUCAUCGGCUGCUUUUAAGGUGGCGCUGAAACUCGUGCCUGAUAACAAAACAUUCAUUAGUCUCCUCCUGACAAAAGAUCAAAAUUAUGACAACCUUAAAGAGGAUAUGCAGACCUUAAUUUCAUUACUUGUUCCUUUACUAGAAGAGAUCCACUCUAUCCUGAGAUUUUAUCGAUUGGAUAGGUUAAAGUCUACCUGAGGAGAAUAUGUCAGAAGAAAAAGACAAGAAAAAGCAUAUGGAGCUUGGUUUUCUAAUAUAUGGAUUGUAGUCUUCUCCAACCCCAGUUUUUGGUGGAAAUAUGCAUCUGUAAAUAAGACUUCUAAGUUGUAAACAAGAUCUGCUGCAACAGCUACGUUUUUCUAAUGUAUCUAGACAUCUAAUGUAAAGAGGAUUCACUAAAGAGCUCUUCCACUCUCUGUACAAAUGUUUGCAUCAGGGAAAACCCAAUUAUUAGUCUUGAGUUGGUCUCAUUAAGCAUAUGUCUGUAUUAAAAUGGUAGUUGGCGGCCUAACCGAGUAAAAAUUAACUAGGAAAUCUGAGACCAAAACUGUUCAACCGCAGCAUUUAUUCCCAUUCUAAGGCCUUUCAAGGGCAAAAAAAUUGGAAGUUCUUUUAAAAAUGACAGAAUGGAUGUCAAAGUUAGUAUGAGCCUAGGAGGACUUCCACUUGUGUUGCAGACAAUGUGCAAAGAAGUCUGAAAGUAGAAAAUUAAAAGUACAUCAAUUUGAGUUAUGCACAUUCCUUGUCACUUGAUCAAAUA